GUCUCCUGUACGGAUUGGGGCAUCGAACCUGUGUCCGCAUCUAGAGGACAAUCACGAGCUCCAGGCCAGCCUCCACUCCGCGACCGCGACGAACGACCACGAUCGAGCGCUCUCGUGAACGCGCUUUGACACUUAAAUCCACUAGAUUACCGAACCCCGUGCCUCAUCAACUAACGGGAGAUUUGCGCUUUUCGCCCUCUGGAUAGAUCUUUUUCACGGACGCGUUUUAUGUUUAAGGACCAACGGGGGGAUCGCGGUUGUGUUUCACGGAGUAAAAUACCCGGGAUUGGACCCGCCAACAGUUUGACCAUCUCGUUUCGUUGGCUGACAAAGGAGUACCGAAGUGCUGUCGGGCAAAGGAGGACUUGUUGUGUAACUUUUCUCUGCGUGAUAUGAUGUUGUUGUUGUUUGUGUUGACUUUUAGAAUAUAGUAAAUCUCUACAGUGGCCGUGGAUGUAAGGGCUCAAUAAUAAUGUGUGUGAAAGGACCAUCUGGAUUCUCCAGUCCAAUCUAUCAAAGGCUACACAAAGCUAUAUCUUUCACUAUUGAGGUAUAAAUUGUUAUACACACACAGACACAGACGCACAGUUUAUGGAUAUUCCAAGAAAUCCAUCCUACUCUUACACACACUUCGUCACAAUGCAAUCACACCAUUGAAUGAAAAUCAACAGCUCAGAUCUUACUGUGAGCCUAAAACGUAAGGAUCCAUCAUGUCGUUUUUCAACUUCCGAAAGAUAUUUAAAAUAGGCUCUGAGAAAAAGAAGAAGCAGUAUGAACACGUCCAUAGGGACGAGAACCCCGAAGAGAUCUGGGACAUUAUCGGUGAACUGGGAGACGGAGCUUUUGGGAAGGUGUACAAGGCCCAAAACAAACAGACGGGGGUCUUGGCUGCGGCCAAAGUCAUAGACACCAAGACAGAGGAAGAGCUGGAGGACUACAUGGUGGAGAUCGAGAUCCUGGCGUCAUGUGACCACCACAACAUCGUCAAGCUGCUCGACGCUUUCUACUAUGACAGCAAACUUUGGAUCCUCAUUGAGUUCUGUGGGGGAGGAGCCGUGGAUGCCGUCAUGCUAGAGCUGGAGAGGCCCCUGACGGAGCCCCAGAUCAGGGUGGUGUGCAGACAGACCCUCCAGGCCCUCCUCUACCUCCACAACAACAAGAUCAUCCACCGAGACCUGAAGGCCGGCAACAUCCUUCUCAGUAUUAACGGAGAUGUCAAGCUGGCUGACUUUGGGGUCUCGGCCAAAAACACCAAAACACUGCAGAGGAGAGACUCGUUCAUCGGGACACCUUACUGGAUGGCUCCGGAGGUGGUCAUGUGCGAGACGUCCAAGGACCGGCCGUACGACUACAAGGCAGACAUCUGGUCCCUGGGGGUCACCCUGAUCGAGCUGGCCCAGGUGGAGCCUCCCAAUCACGAGAUGAACCCCAUGAGGGUGCUGCUAAAGAUAGCCAAGGCCGAGCCACCCACCCUGAUGCAGCCCUCCCGUUGGUCUCCAGCGUUCAGUGACUUCCUGCGGCGUUGCCUGGACAAGAAUGUGGACAACAGAUGGAGUACUGCACAACUCCUGCAGCACCCCUUUGUGUCCAGCGUGGUGGACAGCAAGCCCCUCAGAGAGCUGAUCGCCGAGGCCAAGGCAGAGGUCACCGAGGAGAUCGAGGAAAGCAAGGAGGAAGAGGAGGAUGAGACGGACACACGGCCGGGCCACAAACGCGCCCCGUCGGACGUCAGCAUGGCCAGCUCCGAAGACGAGAAGAUCCCCCUGUCUCCGUCCAUCAUGGAGUGCCUCCCCGAGAGGUCGGAGCCCGCCCUGCCCGCCCUGGACAACCACGUCCUGGACUCCCCCGGGUCCCCUGUCGGCGUGGAGCAGGCCGGGCAGACCCCGAGCGCUUCGGUCGAGGACAUGAAGAGCCUCGAGCCGGAGCCGGUCGACGAGAAGGUUCCGGUUCCGGAAGAAGCGGUGGUCGAGGUGGUCGCCCCCGCGUCAGAACCCGAGGCGGACGUACCCCCGCCGGAUCUACCGACCAAGGAGAUGGAGCGACUGGAGAUCGCCAUCGUGGACGAGAAGGAGGAGGACACCGCAGAGAGUCCGGCCGACCCGGAGGCCUCCAGCGAGGGCAUGGACAUCACGGAGACCCCCGUGGACGAGGGGGGGGCGAUCCCAGCCGAGCCCGAAACCACGGCCGAGGAAGAGGAGGUAGAGGAGGAAGAGGAUCCGUACAAACACCUGAAGGUCAGCGUGAAGCUACCUGGCGAGGACAAACCCGCCCUGACGGCAGAUGAAGGGGACGGAGAGACGCCGAAAGAGGAGGAGAAGAAGAUGGACGAACAGGAGGAUAAGCCGGUGCCGGAGAAGAACGAGAGGGAUUCGGACUCUGGGAGUGUUUCCGCCGCUGACACCAGUAGCUUGGACCUCAACCUCUCCAUCUCCAGCUUCCUCUCUAAGACCAAAGAGCCUGGGAGCGUCUCCACGCAGGAAUCCAAGAGGCAGAGGAAGACGCUGAAGAAGACCAGGAAGUUCAUGGUGGACGGCGUGGAGGUCAGCGUGACCACGUCCAAGAUCGUCACGGACAACGACGCAAAGGACGAGGAGCUGAGGUUCCUCAGGCGGCAGGAGCUGAGGGAGCUGCGUUUCCUCCAGAAGGAGGAGCAAAGGGCCCAGCAGCAGCUCAGCAACAAGCUGCAGGUCCAGAAGGAGCAGAUCUACCGACGCUUCGAGCAGGAGACCACCAGUAAGAAGCGGCAGUACGACCAGGAGGUGGAGAACCUGGAGCGGCAGCAGAAGCAGACCAUCGAGCGGCUGGAGCAGGAGCACACCACGCGGCUGAGGGACGAGGCGCGCCGCAUCAAGGGCGACCAGGACAAGGAGCUGGCCAAGCAGCAGAACGCCCUGAAGAACCGCAAGAAGGAGGAGCAGGAGUUCAUGCAGAAGCAGCAGCAGGACUUGGACAGCGCCCUGAAGAAGAUCAUCCAGCAGCAUAAACAUGAGCUGGCCACCAUCGAGAGGGACUGCCUGAACCACAAGCAGCAGCUGCUCCGAGCGCGUGAGGCAGCCAUGUGGGAGCUUGAAGAGCGCCACCUACAGGAGAAGCACCAGCUGUUCAAACAGCAGCUCAAAGACCAGUACUUCAUGCAGAGGCACCAGCUUCUCAAGAGACACGAAAAGGAGAUGGAGCAGAUGCACCGCUUCAACCAGCGGCUGGUGGAGGAGCUGAAGAGCCGGCAGACGGCGGAGCGCACGCGGCUGCCCAAGAUCCAGCGCAGCGAGGCCAAGACGCGCAUGGCCAUGUUCAAGAAGAGCCUGCGCAUCGCCGCCAACGCCUGCAUCACCGUGGAGCAGGAGAGGGAGAAGAUCAAGCUGUUUGCGGUGCAGGAGGAGAAGAGGCAGAAGAACGAGCGGCUGCAGCAGCAGCAGAAACACGAGAACCAGAUGAGAGACCUGCAGCUGCAAGGAGACGCCAACAUCAGGGAGAUGCAGCAACUCCAGAACGAGAAGUGCCACCUGCUGAUCGAGCACGAGACCCAGAAGCUGAAGGAGCUGGACGAGGAGCACGGCCUGGAGCUCAAGGAGUGGCGGGAGAAGCUGCGGCCCAGGAAGAAGGCUCUUGAGGACGAGUUCACCCGGAAGAUGCAGGAGCAGGAAGUGUUCUUCAAGAUGAGCGGGGAGUCCGAGUGCCUGAACCCGUCCAGCCAGAGCCGCAUCUCCAAGUUCUACCCCGUGCCCAGCGUCCACUCCACGGGCUUCUAGGACCACAACGCAUGCAGAGACAGACAGACGGACACACACACACAAAGAGACGGACAGACGGACACACACAUGGAGACACACACACACACAAAUGCAGAGACACACAUGCAGGGCACACACACAUACAUGCAGACACGUGCAGAGACAGACACACAAAUGCAGAGACACACACAUGCAUAGACACACAUACAUGCAAAUGGAGAGACACAAAUACACAAAUGCACAUGCAGAGACACACACACACAUGCAGAGAAACACAUACACACACAUAUGCAGAGACAUACACACACAUCCAUAGACCAGCAUACCUACACAAUGCAGAGAUCCACAUCUGCAGAUACACACACACACACAUGCAAAAAAACACACACACACCCACACAAAUGCAGAGAAACACACAUGCAAAUGCAGAGAGCCUCUCGCACACACUCCAUCUCUGUGUUCACACCUCCCACAUGCAGAACACGCUCGAAAAGACAAAAGACGUGAGUUCAAGCUGCCUUGCCCCCUUCCCAUCCCUAGCAUCUCCCACGAGGGGGCGGACUUGACCGCACAGCCCAGUUUGUCUCCCCAUCCUGGGUCUCGCCGGGAUUCGCGGGGCUCUUCUUUGUCCACAAGCUGAUGCCGUUUGAGACAUUAAUGUCAAACCCAUACCAUUGUCAUUAGUCUUUUUUUUUUUACUGUAACUGUGAUUUUAAAUGUCAGAAUGAAAAGAUGUUAUGAAGAUUCGCUUAUUCAGUGUUUUAGGCAAUAGUAACCAUUUCCUCAUAACCACUUAAGGGAAGAAAGUGCUUCUGUGGAAUCAAGUGACGAUUCGAGUGCCUGUAGAAUUUCACGUUUCUGGCUUUGAAAUCCAAGCAUUUGUAUUUGUGUGGAGCUCAUUUAGAACUGUGCACUUGGAAAAAGUCGUAGAAGACUGAACAGCAAGGACACAUCCCCCAUCUCAACUGUUACAUUGUGUCUGGAUCUAGAAUGUAUUCAAAUUGAAGGAGAGCUUGGGCUCAUCGUUAAUAUAUGAAGGCUUAGAUUGAUCUGUUUUGUGUCCUUCCAUUAUACAAAUGUGAUUAGGUUUGAGUAGAAUAGUUUACAGUGGAUGAAGGAGAGUUGUGCAGCGAUGUCUUCCAGUGCAAUGUCUUCCAGUGGGAAGGAUUCCCCUUUUCAGGGGUUUCAUUUCAGAAUGCCUUGCUGCCUGGAGCACAACAGAUUCGCUUUGGCACAUGGUGGCGGCCAUUUUGGUUCAAAAUAAACGUGGGCAGUUUAGAGGCUGUUUGCAUUCAGAGACAAAAACAUAUCACUGUUAAAAACAAUGGAUAUCACUGUGCUUUCAAACGCCCUUUGUAGCACCGCGUGAAGAACUUCUCAGACACCCCACAACAAGUUUUGAAUGUUGGACAAAAACGUGUAUGAAGCUCAGAUAUUCCGACACAGGAACAUCUGUGUUAAAACAUUUCAGUUCAAGGAAAUAAAAGGAAACUCACACUUUCAGUGACAGAAAACCAAAGCUUAUUUCUGCUUUGGCAUUUAUUUAUACGUGCUGUUGAUAUUCAUGAUCGUCUGCCUCGGUCUUGAUUCACUCUUUGAAAAAAAAAAAUGGGUCAUUGUAAUUACUAUAGUGUAGCUAAUAGUCUUACUACUUCAGAAAGACUAUACUGUAGUUAGUAUAGUAUAGUUCUUAGUAAUUGUGAAUAGGCUGGUUUCAGUGCCAGCUCAGUAAGAGAAUAUGCUACUCACCGUUACUUGACUAACGGUUUCAUCUAAUACUUUUAUGUACUCUUAAGUGCAGUGACAUAUUUGAUGUGGUAGUCAAGGAAGCUUUUGAAA